UUCACAUGCAAAACUGAGUUCAAACCGUCCGCUUAUGGCACCAACCUCACUCAAAAUCAUAAUUCUCCCUCUACUGCUUCUAGCCAUACCAAUAUGCUUAGAAGCAAAACCCUUCAAACUCAAACAAACCAAUAUAGUUUUCUACAUGCAAGAAUGGGAAUCCGGAGCAAAUAUCACCUCCAUCCCGGUGGCUGGCAUCCCAAAGAAGCCAUGGGCCACUCUUGCAUUUGGUACCAUCUUUGCCAUAGAUGAUGCAUUAACUGAAUCCUCUGAUCGGAAGUCAGCACAAGUAGGGCGUGCCCAGGGCAUCUUUGUGAACACAGCGCUGGACGGCACUGACUUGCACUUGUUGAUGUCCCUGGUAUUCACCAACAAAGAGUACAAUGGCAGCACCCUUGAGAUUCAAGGUGCUGAUAGGCAAUUCCAGAAGUACAGAGAGGUUUCUGUGGUGUCCGGAACUGGGAAGUUCCGGUUUGCCAGGGGCUAUGCCACCUUGGAGACUGUUUACUUGGAUAUGCCGAAUGCCAACGCCAUCCUUCGGUGGAAUGUUACGGUUCUUUCUUUUUGAAUGGUUUGGAGGUUGUAUGUUUGGAUGUGUCAUUUUCUGUUGAGGGAUCUCCAUUGAUAAAUUUAGGUAAAGAGAUGGUUGUGCGAUCGAAUAAAAUUAUUGUGGU